AUGCCCGGCACCGUCGCACCCAACAACGCUCUCGCCACCGAGCCUGCCACUGGCAACCUCUCCUUCGUCCUCCAAGAGAUCGAGAACGUCUCCUUCGAGGACCGACCCAUCGUGGCACCCAAACCCGGUCAGGUCCAAGUCAACAUCCGUCAGACCGGUAUCUGCGCCUCGGACUGUCACUAUGUGCACCACGGACGAAUCGGCGACUUUGUCGUUCGGAAGCCCAUGGUUCUCGGUCACGAAUCUGCCGGAAUCGUCACCGCCGUCGGUGAAGGUGUCACGACUCACAAGGUCGGGGAUCGCGUUGCGCUCGAACCAGGUGUACCCUGUCGCUCGUGCCAGAGCUGCUUGAACGGCAUGUACAACCAGUGCCCGGAUCUCGAGUUCGCUGCUACUCCUCCACACGAUGGCACGUUGUGCACGUACUACAACAUUCAGAGCUCCUUUGCGCAUCACGUACCGGAUCACCUUUCGCUCGAAGAGGCGUCUCUGAUGGAGCCGCUUUCCGUGGCUGUCUACUCGGCCGGAAUGCGUGGACAGGUGAAGGCGAUGGAGAACGUUCUCGUCUUUGGAGCUGGUCCUAUCGGUCUGCUUAACGCAGCCGUUUGCAAGGCCUACUCGGCCAAACGAGUCGUCAUCGUCGACGUCGUCGACAGCAAACUCGAAUUCGCCACAAACUGGUGUGCCACAUCCUCCUUCAAACCCUCCUUGCCGAAGGAGGGCGAGACGAAAGCCGAGUCAUCCGCACGAAACGCCUCCACCCUCAUCAACGAAAUCGGCGACGACGUAGCCCUCAACGGCGGCUUCGACCUCGUCCUCGAAUGCACCGGUGCAGAACCCUGCAUCAACAUGGGCAUCCAAGCCCUCCGUCCCCAAGGAAGGUUCGUUCAAGUCGGUAUGGGAAGAUCCGAAGUCGAAUUCCCCAUCACCCGUGUAUGUGUCAAGGAGAUCAACGUCACAGGUAGCUUCCGCUACGGUGCCGGUACCUACAAGACCUCGAUCAACCUCGUCAGCACCGGCGCUAUCGACAUCACCAAGAUGGUCACCCACCGAUUCCUCUUCAAGGACGCAGUCAAGGCGUUCGAGACUUGCACAAAGGGUGUAGGCGAGGACGGAAAGACGGCUAUCAAGGUUCAGAUCAGCCAGGGUGAAGGAAAGCAGUAG